AUGGAAGUGAGCAUGGCCCUUUGGGCAGGAUUAUGGGCCAUUCUCCUACAAUUGGCCCUCUUGCUGUUUUUCUCUCCACCUCCAGGCCGCUGCCAAGGUGACAGGCCCCGCCUGCAAUUCACCCAGCCACUGUACCAUGCAUCAGUCUAUGAGAACUCAGCCGCCCGCACCUAUGCCGCCAGCCAGGUGCGCAUGGGUAUUCCUCUCCAGCAACACUCAUGGGAGGUUAAGUAUCGCAUCACGUCCGGGGACGAGGAGGGAUUCUUCAAGGCUGAGGAAUAUACUCUGGGGGAUUUCUGUUUCCUAAGGAUUCGAACCAAAGGGGGAAAUGCUGCCAUCUUGAACCGUGAAGUUCAGGAUAACUACAUGUUGACAGUGAAAGCUUCCAUUAAGGGUGAUACACUAGAAGCUUGGACUAAAGUUAGUGUGCAAGUCUUGGAUAUGAAUGACCUCCGGCCCCUUUUCUCCCCUACCACAUAUUCGGUUACCAUAGCGGAAAGCACACCACUACGCACCAGCAUAGCCCAAGUUACUGCCACAGAUGCUGACAUUGGUUCAAAUGGAGAGUUCUAUUACUUUUUUAAGGAACGAAUGGAGCUAUUCGCUGUGCACCCAACUAGCGGAGUUGUUACGCUGAGUGGAAAACUAGACGUCGAUUCUCAGAGCCGCUAUGAUUUGGAGAUCCAGGCUGUGGAUCGGGGAAUGAAGCUUUAUGGGAAUAAUGGUGUAAGUAGUACAGCCAAACUAUUUGUUCAUGUAGAAAAGAUUAAUGAGCAUGCACCUACACUGAGCAUUGUUACAUUAGCACCUGUAUGGGCUGAGAAGUCCCCUGUCGUUGCCGUGAUUGCCGUAGAGGAUGCUGACGAAGGCGUAAAUGGAGAAAUCGAGAUGGUGAGCAUUGUAGCUGGAGAUCUUCUUGAGCUCUUUAGCAUUAAAAGAACAGAGAGGCAAAGUGAGGAAAUCAUUGAGAAGGAAGGAAGUCGUGAAGGAUCGAACGAGUUUAUCCUUCGUGCAACAGAGCAGUUAGACUGGGACAGAUAUCCAUUUGGACUGAACCUCACCUUGCAGGCUCGGGAUCGUGGAAUGCCACAGAAGUUCUCUGCUGUGCACGUGUUGCAUUUACGACUGUCACGACCAGCCCUUGCAGAGGUCGUAUUUCAGAAGAAUGAAUAUGAAGUCCUCUUGAGCGAGGUUGCCCCACCAGGUACGGUUGUAGAGGCUGUGAAACUCCAACCGGAGCCAGACGAUGCUGAGUACAUCCUUACACCUUCUGCAGAUUCAGUAUUCUUCAGUAUCAACACCAUGACUGGGGUAAUCAGCACAGCACAUUGGCUUACCCAACUCACACAGGAAGUAUUUGAGCUGGAGGUCUUGGAAGUAGACAGCAACCUUAGGGUCAAGGUUAGGGUUGUUCUUGAGGAUGCCAAUGACAAUGCACCUUCAUUUGCUCAACAGUCUUACGAGGUAUUUGUCAAUGAAAGUGUUGCCGUAAGCACUACUAUUGUUUUUGUGACGGCUUCUGAUGGUGACCAUGGGGAAAACGGGUACAUCACAUACAGCAUGGCAAGCUUGACACCAUUACCCUUCAGUGUGCAACAGUUCACUGGUGCAGUCUUUACAACACAGGAACUGGACUUUGAGUCGUCUCCUGAGAGAUUCAGUUUUGUGGUUCGUGCUUCCGACUGGGGCUCCCCUUACAGGCGUGAAAGUGAAGUCAACGUCACUGUGCAUCUAGAGAAUGUUAAUGAUAACAAGCCCCUGUUUGAGAAAGUAGCCUGUGUAGGCAUAAUCUCUCGAGACCUUCCGGUUGGUGAGGUCAUUACCACCAUGUCUGCCAUAGACAUUGACGAACUUGAACUGGUCAAGUACAAGAUUCUCUCAGGGAACGAACAAGGGUACUUUGAUUUAAAUCCCGAUUCUGGGGUCAUGACCUUGCAGCGCUCCCUCACCACUGCGGCACCCAAAAACUCCUUUAGUCUAAAAAUAACUGCCACAGAUGGAGAAUGUUUCUCCGAUCCCAUGUUUGUGAAUAUAUCUGUAGUGCAAGGGAAGUUGCCACCCAAGAGCUUUAGUUGUACUGAGACCAGAGUUGCCCAAAGGCUGGCUGAGAAGCUUCUGAAGAAAGCCAAAGCUAACAAACCCAAAAUAGAGGAAGGCUUUAUCGACCUGUUCUCUGUGAAUCGUCAUGCACCACAGUUUGACAAAUCCUUCCCAACAGACAUCACUGUGCGUGAGGAUGUAGAAGUUGCCACAAGUGUGUUUCAUGUGAAAGCCUACGAUGGCGACACAGGGUUCAAUGGACAGCUUUUAUACACAAUAGCUGAUGGUAAUACAGACAGCUGUUUUACCAUUGGAAUCUUUAGUGGCGUAAUAAGCAUCUUUCUUCCACUAGACCGUGAAAGGACUGACAGAUACCUUCUAAACAUCACACUGUAUGAUUUAGGCCAGCCACAAAGAUCCACCUGGCGGCUUCUAACGAUUUACAUAGCGGAUGCAAAUGAUAAUGCACCACAGUUUCUUCAAGAAGGUGGCUACCAGGCCCGCAUCCCAGAGAACACCCCAAUUGGUACCGAGGUGAUCCAAGUGGAAGCUACUGAUAAAGAUCAAGGUCUCAAUGGUGAGAUCCAGUAUUCCCUACUCACCAGUACAUCACAGUUUGGCAUCAACAGCUCCAAUGGGAUUGUGUAUGUAGCAGGUCAACUGGACCGUGAAUUUGUUCCAUCCUUCAUACUUAAAGUGGAAGCACGAGACAAGGCAGAGCGAGCAGCCCAGCAAUUUUCUGUAACAACUCUACAGAUUGCACUCGAAGAUGUUAACGACUGUCCACCUGCAUUUAUACCAAGUGUAGUAAGUGCCCGUGCACUUGAAGACCUCCCAGUGGGCACUGUCAUUGCUUGGUUGGACACGCAAGACCCUGACCUUGGACUUGGUGGGCAGGUGCGAUACUCACUCGCGAAUGACUAUGAUGGCCAUUUCGAGCUGGACAAGACUAGUGGUGCCAUUCGUCUAACUAAGGAACUGGAUUACGAAACUCAACAGUUCUUCAACCUAACUGUUCGGGCAAAAGACAAAGGACGACCUGUAUCGCUCCUUUCGGUUAGCUUCGUAGAACUAGAGGUGGUGGAUGUGAACGAAAACCUCUACGCACCGUAUUUCUCAAAUUUCGCUAUGAACGGAUCUGUGAAGGAAAGUUCUCGCAUUGGCACCUCUGUGCUGCAGGUGUCGGCACGGGAUGAUGACACAGGCAGGGACGGCGAGGUGCAGUAUUCCAUACGUGAUGGCAACGGUCUUGGGAGAUUCACCAUCGACGAGGAGACAGGUGUAAUCUACACUACAGAUCUGUUGGAUCGAGAGACGCAGGACUCCUAUUGGCUGACAGUGUAUGCCACAGAUCUGGGCGUGGUUCCACAAUCAGCUGCAUUACAGGUGUACAUACAGGUUGAAGAUGUCAAUGACAACGCUCCGCUCACAUCUGAACCGAUGUAUCACGCCACCAUUCCAGAAAACUCCCCGAAGGACCAGUCAGUCAUUCAGAUCCAUGCGCAGGACCCUGACGCCACAGCAUCUGAGCCCCGCCUCUCAUUCCGCAUCUCCAGCGGCAACCCGCAGAACUUCUUCAGCAUCAACUCACGCACCGGUCUGAUAACCACAACCUCUCGGAAACUGGAUCGCGAACAACAGGCUGAGCACGUACUGGAGGUGACGGUAUCAGAUGGCGGUCCCUCCCCCAGGCACACCACAGUAUGGGUGGUGAUCCAAGUAUUGGAUGUUAACGAUAACAAACCGACGUUUCCAGAGAAGGUGUAUCAGGUCCGUUUACCUGAGCGCACCCGUAAACAGCGUGGCUCUCCCAUAUACCGCGUAUUUGCCUACGACCAAGACCAGGGGGCCAAUGCUGACCUCUCCUACAGCAUCAUUGAUGGCAAUGAGGAUGGGAAGUUUGUUAUCGAUGCCAAAACUGGAGUGGUUUUGUCACCCAAGAAACAGUUCACAGCUGGAACCUAUGACAUUCUUACUGUGAAAGCAGUGGACAACGGGCGUCCUCAACGCUGGGCGACUGCUCGUUUGCAUAUCGAGUGGAUUCGCCGUCCUCCUCCCAACCCUGUGCCUCUUGCCUUCGACGAGCAACUUUACAACUUUACCGUCAUGGAGACCGACAAAGUGGCAGAUAUUGUUGGCGUGGUGUCCGCCCAGCAGCAAGGCUCCACCUCCUUGUGGUUUGACAUCACAGGUCCUCGCUCUUUCCGUGAGAUGUUCUAUAUACUCCAGACAGCUUGUGGCAGGAACUGUUCUACAGAAGGUGGUGAUGUGGACAGUAUGUUCGACGUUGAGAAAGGUGUUGGCACUGUCAUCAUCGCUAAACCUCUGGAUGCAGAGCAACGAUCAUUUUAUAACCUCACUGUGGAGGUUACCGAUGGAACUAAUGUAGCUUACACUCAGGUCCACAUUACUGUUCUGGACAACAACGACAAUGCACCCAUUUUUUCUCAGCCAACCUAUGACAUCACAAUCGCAGAGGAUAUGCCCCCGGAUACGGAGGUGGUUCAGGUGCUGGCAUCUGACCGCGAUGAGCAUCACCGUUUGACCUUUAACCUCCAGAGCAGCGUUGACCCCAGCAGCAUGCGCUUGUUUCGAAUCGACCCAAACACUGGAAUCAUCUACACAGCUCGCCAAUUGGACCACGAGAGCCGAACUCAGCACAUUCUCACCGUCAUGGUGAAAGAUCAAGAGUUCCCGUACAGACGCAGCCUUGCUCGUGUGCUGAUUGGUGUAGAAGAUGUGAAUGACCAUGCCCCUCACUUCACCAUGUUCAUGUAUGAGGGACAAGUGUAUGAGUCAGCUGCUCUGGGAUCAGCUGUUCUCAUCGUGACAGCACUCGAUAAGGACAAGGGCAAGAAUGCACAAAUCAGUUACAGCAUUGACUCAGGGAACACAGGAAACACUUUCAAAAUUGAUCCUGUUUUGGGCAUAAUCUCAGUGGCCCGUGAGCUGGACAUCUCCAACAUUGGUCACUACAUCUUGUCUGUCAAAGCGAUGGAUAACGGAUCACCUGCAUUGUCUUCAACAGCUGUCGUGCAGAUCUCUGUCACCUUGUCCGAUAAUGCUGGCCCCAAGUUUCCCCAAAAUGAAUAUCAGGCUGAGGUCCCUGAGGGCGUUGCCAUAGGAACUUCAGUCAUUACAGUGAAUGCCCUCAGUCUUUCCACACUUACCUAUGACAUUCGCCAUGGCAACGGAGACCGAACCUUCCGUAUCAACCAGUACAGUGGAGUAAUCACUAUGCAGAAAUCUCUAGACUUUGAAACUGUUUCCUCAUAUGUGCUAAUAGUCACCGCUAGCAACAUGGCAGGACAAGCGUCUAAUGCAACAAUAACUGUUACUGUGCUUGACCAAAACGACCACGCACCAGUAUUCCAACAGCUGCAUUAUCAUGGAAGUAUUAGUGAAGGGGCGGGGCUUAACAGUGUUGUGCAAAGUGACAAUGGUCAGCCGCUGGUCAUACAAGCAACAGAUGCUGACUGCAACCAUAAUGCUCUGUUGGUGUAUCAAAUAAUAGAAGAAUCUGCCAGACGCUUCUUUACUGUAGACGCCGGUACUGGCUCCAUUCGAACAAUUGCUCAGCUUGACCACGAAACCACACCCACAUUCAGUUUUCACAUUAAUGUCAGGGACAGUGGACAUCCACAGCUCUCGGCGGAGCACCCUGCAGAAGUUACGAUUGAGGUGCAAGAUGUUAACGACUGCCCACCGAAGUUUUCCCAGGAUUCUUACGAAGCUGUUCUGUUGCUACCAUCAUACGAAGGUGUAGAGGCCUUACAAGUUUUCGCAACUGACCCUGAUGGCAAUGGCCAGUCAGAGCUCACCUACUCCUUGACUGAUGGGAGCUUAGAACAUUUCAGCAUUGAGCCAAGCACAGGACUGUUGACUGUGAGAAAUAGUUCGUUUAGCAAAGAACGAUUUCGUUUUAACGUCCGCGUAUCAGACGGACGGUUUUCCAGCUCAGCUUUGGUUACCGUCUUAGUGCAUGAAGCUCUUGACAGCGGGCUUGCUUUUACACACAGUGCGUACAAUGCUAACAUUGAGGAGAACAACGGCAAUAUAACGACAGUUGCUGUGGUUACAGCGCUAGGCAACAAGCUAAAUGAGCCCCUGCGAUAUAUGUUGCUGAAUGCAGGUGGGAAAUUCCUCAUCAGGCCAACAUCUGGUGCCAUUGAGACUGUUGGAGUCCCACUAGACAGGGAAGAGAAGGAAGAGUACGGACUGCUGGUACAGGCAGGUCGCGAAGAGGAUCGUCUUCGUGUCGCAAGGGCAAUAGUCAGAGUUAGAGUCACUGACAUAAACGACAAUGCUCCCAUUUUUGUUGGAUUGCCAUACUAUGCUACUGUGCAAGUAGAAGCGGAGCCAGGGACGGCAAUAUUUCGGGUGAGAGCAGUAGACCGGGACAAAGGUCAAAACGGAGAGGUCAACUACUUUCUGCAAGACGAGCUGGGACAUUUUGAGAUGGACCGCAUAAGUGGCGAACUUCGCUUGCGGAGGGCUUUUGAAGCUGAUCUUUCUAGUGUGGAAUAUCAUGUUUUGGUCUUUGCCCGUGACAAAGGCAUGCCACCAUUGUCCACCUCAAUCACAUUCCCAGUUACCGUUGUAAACAAAGCAAUGCCAGUUUUUGACCGUCCCUUCUACUCAGUCAAAGUGAGUGAAGAUGUACCAAUAUGGACUCCAGUUCUGGGCAUUAAUGCAAGCAGCCCUGAGGGCCAGAGUGUUCUUUACACAAUCACACAUGGUGACCCAAACACACUGUUUUCCAUUGGAUUUGACACAGGGGUCAUCAGUGUUAUAGCAACACUAGAUUAUGAGACUAGCCCCGCCCACAGACUCAUCAUCAGAGCGACGGACUGCCUCACAGGUGCUAGAGCUGAAGUAGAUGUUGAAAUUAUCGUUUUGGAUGUCAACGACAGUCCUCCAGUGUUUGAGCAGCCCUCGUACAAAACUGCCAUUUCGGAGUUCGCCAUGAUUGGCACGGCAGCAUUGCAGGUGCUUGCAACAGACAGCGAUUCUGAAAAAAAUGCAGCCAUUCGGUACCAAAUCAUACCGGACCGUAACAACAGCACUGACCACUUUCACAUCGACAGUAGCAGUGGACUGAUUCUGACCGCUCGCUCUCUGGACCAUGAGACCAUCCAACACUACAUCUUCCUUGUCAAGGCAACAGAUAAUGGUUUUCCUCCACUGAGCAGCGAAGUUUGGGUAACUGUUGAUGUCACAGACACCAACGACAAUGCUCCAGUGUUCAAUCAGCUGCUCUAUGAGGCCUCCAUCAAUGAACUGGCAUCCAGGGGUCACUUUGUUACAUGCAUCCAGGCCUCUGACGCAGACCGAUCAGACGCCGAACGUUUGCAGUACGGCCUUGUGUCUGGAAAUGAAAAAAUGCUGUUUGAACUGGAUGCCUCCUCAGGCGUCCUCACCCUGAGUGGCCAACGGCGUCUACAACGCUUGCCCUCUGCCAUCACCCUGAACGUGAGCGUUUCGGAUGGCGUGUUCACGAGCACGGCGCAAGUGCACGUUCGAGUAGAACAAGCAAAUUUGCACACCCCCCAGUUCAUGCAGGGUAUAUACGAGGCAGAUGUGCGGGAAAACGCACCUGCGGGGUCAAAUGUCCUCAUGAUCAGGGCACAAGAUUCCGAUCCUGGCCCAUUUGGGGAUGUGCGGUAUGUUUUGCUCUCUGAUGCGGCUCGUGACUUGUUCAGCAUUGAUAGAAGUGGAAAAAUAACAACUCUUGAGCGUCUAGACCGAGAAGAACGAAGUGAGAUUGUGCUGUCCAUUGCAGCUGUGGAUGCUGGUGGCAGAUCUGGAUAUUGCAGCGUUCGGGUCACUGUAGUGGACGAGAAUGACAAUGCUCCACUUUUUGGUGCCUCAGAGUACCAUGCCAGUGUGCGAGCUGAGGUUGAGCCAGGUACCCUCUUGACGCAAGUUCAAGCGUGGGAUGUUGAUCAGGGAGUCAACGGACAAGUGAGCUACAGCCUGUACAGUGAAGCAAGUCUGCAGGUUACUGACCUCUUAGACAUUGACCCUGAAAGUGGCUGGGUUGUCACCAAGGGCAACUUUGCCCCUUUACGAGGGUCUGUGCUGUCCUUUUUUGUUAAGGCCUCUGAUGGAGGUGCACCUGUCAAACACUCACUUGUGUCUGUCUACAUCCAUGUCCUGCCCACCGACGCCCACAUACCAGCUUUUAGCCAACCACAAUUCUCCUUCACCGUGCCAGAGGACUUGUCCAUUGGUUCCCAACUAGGGGCGGUACAUCUACACACCUCAACUAGUCACUCUUCCUUCCCAGUAAGCUUCUCAGCUGUGAUCGGUCAGACUCCAGAGAGCAACAGCAAUGGAGUGUUUGUGGUGGAUAAAGAAAGUGGCAUGAUCAAAUUGGAUAAAGCCCUGGAUCGAGAGCUGAACCAGGUCUAUCAUUUUAAAGUUCUUGCAGUGUUGCAGCAUGGACGGUUGGACGCAGUAUCUGCUGUCGAUGUGGAGGUCAAAGUACAAGAUGUCAAUGAUAACAAACCCGUGUUUGAGUCAGACACCUAUGAGGCAUCAGUCACUGAGGGACUUUCACCUGGAACUAGUAUUCUACAAGUACGUGCUAUGGAUCCUGAUUGGGCAGCUAACGGUCAGGUGACCUAUAGUCUUGCUCCACCUGGGCUGCUUGGCUCUGCCAGUGAGGAUAUAGAAGAGCUUGGAGCAUACUUCACGAUUGACAGCAGCUCUGGUUGGAUAUCAACACUGAAGGGGCUGGACCAUGAACAGAGCCCUGCCCACAGUCUUACAGUCUGGGCGUUUGACCUUGGUGACCCCGCCAGCCAGUCAUCCUCGACGACUGUUACUAUAGAAGUGAGCGACUCCAACGACAACGUACCACAGUUCCUUCAGCUCCGUUACUAUGGCAGCGUAUGUGAAAGUGAUGCACCUGGUGAAGUUGUGGUAGUAAUAAAUACACGGGACAAUGACAGCUCACCUGGAAACCGACAGGUCACCUAUCAUAUUACAGGUGGUAACCGCGGUGGUGUGUUUGCGCUGGGACUGGUACAGGGAGAAUGGAAGCUAUAUGUUAAGCGACCGUUAGACCGAGAAGAACAAGAAUUGUACCUGAUCAACAUCACUGCAACGGACGGACUCCACGUCUCCACGGCAACCGUGGAGGUCCUGGUUACAGAUACAAAUGACAACAGUCCUGUCUGUGACCUGGCUGUGUACUCCGUGUCCAUCUCUGAAGAUGUUCCCCUGAAUGAGCAAAUCCUUCAGGUUAAAGCUACAGACGCAGACACGGGCUCAAACGCACAGAUCCAGUUCUCUCUAUUCGGCUCUGGAGCAGAAGACUUCAGCAUUCAUCCUUAUACAGGCGAGCUGAAGACAGCCGUGGCAUUGGACCGUGAAAAGGUUGCACGGUACUCUCUGGUUGCCCGGGCGACAGAUGGCGGUGGUUUAUGGUGUGAAGCUGAUGUGGUGGUGAUCCUGCUGGAUGUGAAUGACAGUCCACCACAGUUCAGCAUGCCUCAUUACACCACCAGUGUUUACGAGAACACGGCCACUAAAGCCCUGCUGACCAGAAUACAGGCCAUCGACCCCGACCUGGGUGUUAAUCGUAAGGUGGUAUAUUCCCUGGUUGACUCGGCUGAUGGUUUCUUUUCAAUUGAUAAAUCAUCUGGCAUCUUAGUUCUGGAGCAUCUGUUGGAUCGUGAGGUUAAAUCCUCUUACAAUUUAAUGGUCCGUGCGUCAGACCAGGGUGUUCCUGUUCGUCUCUCCUCUCUUGCAAAAAUAACGAUUACAGUUCUGGACAUUAAUGAUAACCCACCCGUGUUUGAGAGGAGGGACUAUCUGUCAACACUUCCUGAAGAUGUUGCCGUAGGAACGGAAGUGGUACAAGUUUACGCUGCAAGUAAAGACAUAGGUACCAACGCUGAUAUUUACUACAGCAUCCGAUCCGGAAACCAGCAAGGACAUUUCACCAUUAACGUCAACACAGGUGCCAUCUCCGUGUCUCGGCCACUAGACUUUGAAUCCUGCAAGGGCUACUUCCUUACUGUGGAAGCCACGGAUGGCGGGACUCCACCCCUCAGCGCUGUUACCAUGGUAAACAUCAACCUGACAGAUGUCAAUGACAAUGCCCCGAUGUUCAGCUGUGACACCUACAGCGUGUCCAUUAGCGAGGACGCUAACAUAGGAGACACUGUUGUUAAGGUGACAGCAGAGGAUGUCGACAGCCAGGCGAACAGCGACAUCCUCUAUUCCAUCGUCAGCGGCGACCGAGAGAAUCAGUUCUUUAUCGAGCCAAUCACAGGCCAGAUCAAAGUCAACAAGCUGCUGGAUCGAGAAACGAUGGCUGGUUACACAUUGUCAGUGAGAGCUCUUGACAGCGGCACGCCUGCCAUGUCCUCCACAGUCCAGGUCAACAUCGACAUAUCUGACGUCAACGAUAACCCGCCCACUUUCACUCCAGCUAAUCACACUGCAGUUAUACAGGAGAACAAGCCAUUGGGAACGAGUGUCCUGCAGCUGUCUGUCAUCGAUCAGGACGCCAGCCAUAAUGGCCCUCCCUUCCAUUUCAGCAUUCUUUCAGGAAAUGAAGGGGCAUUGUUUAAGCUGAAUCGGGAGGGGUUGCUGACAGCCAAUCGGAUGUUUCGUAGGUCAGAAGGCACUGAAUACAUUAUUCACGUGCAGGCCAGUGACUCAGGUAGACCGCCCUUGUCGUCGACGGCGACUGUUUUGGUGCGUGUAAUAGAGGAGAGCAUGCAUAAGCCAGUGGCAUUGCCUUUGCACAUUCACAUCGUAACCAUGGAGGAUGAGUUUCCGGGAGGUGUGAUUGGUCAGAUACACGCAACAGACCAGGACGCUUUUGAUAUACUCACCUACGGCCAUUCACACCAGCAAAGCAGCCUUUUCAAGGUGAGCCCUCAAGAUGGCCGAAUCAUCGCUCUGAGUGGACUGGAUGCGGGUCGCUACACCCUUAACGCUACUGUAACAGACGGCCGCUUCACUGUGAGCAUUCCCGUGAGUGUGCAUGUGGAGCAGGCCUCUGUCGAGAUGCUCCACGACGCCGUGACAGUCCGUUUCGAUCGCGUCUCCCCUCACGACUUUGUAUCCCGUCACCUCCCCUCAGUCCGAAGGGUUCUUUCCAGCGUCAUGGCGACGCCCCGCCCCGACGCUCUGCAUGUGCUUAGUGUACAGCCCGUGGAAUCCACCGGGCAGCUGGACCUGCUGGUUGCCGUGGAGAUGCCAAAAGGGGGAGGGUUCUACAAGGCAGCGUUCGUGACGCAGAAGCUGAGCUCGGCUCGUCGUCAGUUAGACCAGGUUUUGAGAGUGUCGGCGGUUUUGGAUAAGAACUGCUCGGGUCUGGACUGCAGGGAGGCUCGGUGUGAACAAACCAUCACGCUGGACUCACACAGUCUGCUUACAUACAGCUCCACCAAAACCAGCUUUGUGUCACCCAAGUUCCACAGGAACACACGAUGUGUGUGUAGCGAUGGGAGUUGUUCUGCAGCCUCGGAGGUUUGUGCCGAGAUGAAAUGUCCUGGGGACAUGCAGUGUGUCGGCAUGGACAGCAGCAGGGGGCCUUAUGCAUGUCAGUGUCCCCUGGGUAAACUGGGAGAGUGUGCAGGACACACCUCUCUGAGUUUCUCUGGGAAUAGUUAUAUAAAGUACAGAGUGACAGAUGCAGACAGAAGUGGAGAGAUGAAGUUAGCUCUCCGGAUCAGAACUCUGCAGAGUAAAGGAAUCAUCAUGUACACACAUGCUGACCCCUGCACUGUACUGAAGAUUGAGGAGGGAAAGCUCUGGUUCCAGUUGGAUUGUGGCAACAGUCCCAGGAGCAUUGGAAUCUCCGGCCGACCAAUAAACGAUGGAUUCUGGCAUCACGUGGCCCUAGAGUUACGAGGAAACUACAGCAGCCUGUCAUUAGAUGACACAAACGUAGAACGUCGUCUAGCUACACCUAAAUUCCGUCCUUUAGGAGCAGAUUUGUCUGUAUACUUUGGGGCGCAGGUGUUGCCUCCAGACGCCCGGAGCCUGACAGAACACAAAGGCCCGCGGGUCAGUAACGGCUUUCAGGGUUGUCUGGACUCCGUUGUUCUGAACGACAAUGAACUUCCGCUGCAGAACAAACGAAGCCCGUACGCAGAGGUGGUGGGAUUGACGGAUCUUAAACUGGGAUGCGUUCUCUAUCCCGACGCGUGUGCUGCCCAGCCCUGUCUCAAUGGCGCCACCUGCAUCAGCCUUCCAUCUGGAGGUUUUUCCUGCAGUUGCAGUGCUCUGUACACUGGAGUGCGCUGUGAGACAGAAAUCAGUGUGUGUGUGCCAAACCCGUGUCAGAAUGGCGGCAUAUGUAAACCCAUCGGAAGCGCCUUCAUCUGCAGCUGCAAGAGAGGAUAUGCAGGCGCAACUUGUGAAGAGGACGUAAAUGAGUGUGAACGCGAGCUGUGUGAGAAUGGCGGCAUGUGCGUCAACACUUUCGGCUCGUUCUACUGCAACUGCACGCUGGGUUUUGUGGGGAGUGCUUGUUCUGUUCGCCCCGUGCUGGUUCCUGAUAUGCAGGCUGGCCACGCCUAUGUGGGGAAGGAGGAGCUUAUCGGCAUCGCAGUCGUGCUCUUCCUUAUCCUCAUUCUCAUACUCCUGUUCAUCGCCUUCCGGAAGAAGGUUUUCCAGAAGAGCUAUUCGCGGAAUAACCUCUCCAUGAUUCAGGAUCCGGCUACGGCUGCCCUGUUGCACAAAGCCAACAGCGGGCAUUACCCGCUGCGCUGCGCCAUUGGAGAGCCAAUCAGCUUGUACACGGAUGGAAGUCUGACCGGCCCACCUCAGGUUCCCGUCAGACCCAUGGCGUACACGCCGUGUUUUCCCGGAGAUGCCCGGGGAACCCUUGAGAAACGGGCGGGAGAUGGCAGAGGCCUGGAGCUGACGGAAAUGAGCACUUUCCAUCCAUCGGAGUCACCACGGAUACUAGGCGGAACCAACCGAAGGGGCGUGGUCGUGUGUAGCGUUGCGCCAAAUUUGCCACCUGUGUCGCCAUGCCGGUCUGACUGUGACUCAUUACGCAAGAGCCCCUGGGAAGAGGAAGGUAAAGUGGAUUUGCUGGAGGACGUCACUUGUUUCUCAGGCAGUAACAAGGGCAGCAACUCUGAGGUCCAAUCGCUGAGCUCCUUUCAGUCCGACUCUUGUGACGAUAAUGCUUCCAUAGUGACGGUAAUACGGCUGGUCAAUGAUGCAGUCGACACGAUUGAAAACGAAGUGUCCGUUAUGGAUCAAGGUCAGAACUUCAACAGAGCGUACCACUGGGACACUUCUGACUGGCUGCCGAGCACACGCCUACCUGACAUAGAGGAAGUACCAACUUAUGAGACCAGUGAAGUGGCUGUGGCCUUAGAAUCCGAUUAUUACCUUGGCGGAUUUGACAUCGACAGCGACUACCCGCCACCUCAGGAAGAGGAGUUUAUGUCGCAAGACCAGUUGCCCCCACCCCUUCCCACUGAAGAAUACGACACCUCACUCGCCAAUCAACCCACCUCCAGGGACAGCACGCUCAGUGGAGACCGCAAGCCCCGCCCACAAUUCCACCCCAGCCAAUACCUGCCCCCGCAUCAGCUGCCACUUGGCUCCGCGGGGGAAGAGUUUAGCACUUUUUCUGGCAGGGAAGAGCAUCUGUCCGUCAACACCUCCUCAGUCUCCGAUGUUUCCUCCACUCCCUGCGGGGACUCAGAAAUUGGAGGAAGUUUGAAUAGUCUGGAGGACGCACACACACAGUUAUUUAUACAGCAGACUGAGGUGUGAUACGCACUCGGAUAUGCUUAUACACACAUAUAAACAACAUUAGGAACUAAAAACACUCUUAUUGACGUUCACAGAUGCGCUUUCAGACAUAAAAGGCUCUAAACUGUUGCAUCUGUCAGAGCUUGUAAGAACGACACAAUAAAGUGAGACCGAUGCAGCAGACAGACAGUCUGCGGACCAUUGACGCUACAGACAGACUCUCAGCUCCACCCUCUGCAUGAGCAGGAAGCAAAGCUGCCCUAGUAUAAAAGCACAGCAAGUGACAGGAAGUGAUGUCAUGGGUAGGAACCAAAAAAAGCAACAAGAAGUGUUUUAGCAAAUGGAGACCAAUGAUCUUUAGACAUGUUUCCAGAAAUCUCUUGAUAUAUUCCUUCCCGUUCUUGUCACAGAUGUUUUUGGUGUGUUUGAAAGAGAGAAAGAGAUGGAGAGUUUAACUCUGUUCCAGAACCUAGUGAGCUGCCUACCUAGACAGCAUUUUAAGACUUCAUAAGCCCUGAUGUGAAGGCUAGCAACAUUACGCUGCCUUUUAAGAUACCUCGCAUUAGCCGAAUUCUAAAGGCAGCAAAAUACUUCUAGCAAAAAAAAAAAAAAAUGAACGGAUGUGAGGUUAUUUCGAACAUAAUCUGGCCUGUUAGGUGUUUUUGAGUUUGUUGCGAUGGUUGCCAGUGUGGACUUCUAGGAAAAAUUUGGCUUCAUGCUGCCAUUGGUCCACAUCAUUUGUGGGUUUGACCUGGUGAUUCACCUACUUUGAUGCCAACGUCUGACAUCAGUCAAGAUCAAUCAGAUAAGUGCAGAGUUUCAGAGCGGGUGCAAACUUAAAGCUUUUUUAGUGUUAUAAUACUUUCUCCUAUCCCAGCUUAAUAUGCAGAUACAACUAGAAGUAAGCCAUUCAUUGGUUAAUUUCUCGAAAAUUGCAAAGACUGUCUCUGUGGUGAUAUAAAAUUCCUCGGUUUGAUUUAAGUGACCCGUUUAGACCCACCCCAACAACAUUACUCAACCAAUGGUGUGAGUUGGGGGCGGAACUAUCUCUUUGUUUGACCAGCGGCAGGUGGAGGGUGUAUUCAGAAAGCAAUUUUGAAAACAAUAGGUGUGUCUCAAUCAGCUCCCUAGUUCAGUAGUCAGGGCACUGAUCAGGGAGUCAGCCAUUUUUUUUGUAAUUAACAUUUUUUAUUAAAUCUUACAAUAAUAAAGAAAAUCAAAAACAUAUACAAACAACAUUUAAACCACACAACCACCCCUCCCCCUCCCAAUCCCCAACCCCAACCCCCAACAAAUAUCCCGUGGUCAGUCGGCCAUUUUAAGGGCUGUCUAAAUACCAAAAUUGUUCCAGUGCACUGAAACGUUCGCUCCCUACAAAAUCCCACAAUGCACCGUAAAAACCAGGGAGCAUCGUUGCUUACUAUGUUCCCUUACCGGAAACGUCGUUAUGUCUUCUAAAGUCUCUCAAGUCGUUAGAAGACAAGCACAAGUGUAAAUAUAUGAUGUCAAAGCCUUAUUUUCUAUUUAAAAGAGAUGUUUUUGUAAUGUCUUUCAUCCAUAGUUACAAUUAAAGGUAAACAAUCUUUUAAAUAUUAGAGUUGUUAAAAUUAGGUUUAAAAUACACUCCUGUAUAUUUUUAUUUCUUUAUUUAAUGUCAAUUGUCUUUCAUAAUAACAUUGUACAUUUGAAUAUCUUAAAAAAAAUGAUCGAUAGUGUCAUUUAUACAGCUGCGCUUGAAUUCGCGAGCUUGUUAUUGUAUCGCAAGUAAUUGGAACACUCGUGCCCGAAUUCAUGUUCACGAUAUACUGAUUCGCGACAUAUGGUGCUAGCGAGCUGAUUAAGACGCACCCAAUGAUUAUUUUUGCAGUUCCAUUCGGUGGCGCUAGUGUCGUAGAAAUCUGUACAAUCGUUCACAUAGAGAAAUUUUCCAAGACCAUGUCAUGUGUUUGUUUGUUUGUUUGUUUUUUUCAGAUUCAGUCUACGAAAGUCUAUAAAAUAUAAUAACAAAGGGUAACCAGAACAUAGCGCUUUAGCGCCAUGAAUGCAGAAUGUAAACAUGAUAAAUCACACAUUGACUACUGCAUACUGUACAGGGCCGGUACUUAGAUACGAUCUUUAGGGUGGCAUUUUGAUCUUGCGGGUGGAAAGUGGUUGUCUUUUCAUCGGACCAGGAGGGGGUGUCAGCAGCCCCCCCCCCCAAACCCCCACUGUAUAUGACUUUAAAUCAUCACUGAGUGGUUCAAACAGCUCCUUUUACUGAUCCCAUGUGGAAUUAGGCAUAUAGUAAAUGAUAACACAUUUUAAUGUCACAGUAGUUAAGGUAUAACAUGUAGUCUGUUGACAGGACACUCUAUCGGAUUCAGUAAUGAGUUGCAUCUCCCAUGUGCUUCACGCGAGGAGCACUAUUUGUGUGAGUUGCUGUCUAUGUAGAGCGUCCUGAAUCAGUAAAUUAUGAGGUUCCAUUCCUUAGAAGGCAGCUGCCUAUGUAUGAUAAAAGACAGCAAGGCAGCUCAAUAUGUUUUGGAUCAGAGCUUAUGUGUGCACAGGUGUUCAUGAAUAUGAAACAGUUUUAUAUAAAACAGUCAAAAAGCACACAUUUUCUGUAUCUCUCUUAAUUUGUUUUAAUGCAUCGUCUUGUUUUUGCACUAAAUUGAUGGGCAGUAUGUUGAGAUAUACAACGGCCCUCCCUCAAUAAUUAUGUCCUAAAAUAUUUAGGGUCCUGGAGUGGAAGCAGCCUCUUCCUGUUGCGUGAAUCAUUACUCUGUUUAACAGCUGACCCUAAAUAGCACUAUUUUAUUUAACUGUUCAUUGAGAUGCUGUGUUCUUGAUUGUGUUUUAAUGGAAAAUGGGCAUCGCUCUUCUGUAAUGUUAUAUCUCCCCCCUUUCAUUUAUUUUCUUGUUCAAAACAUCAUGAUUGCAUAUCAGAAAGCCAUAAGCAGAAUAUCAUUACAGGUCUCCAAGUACAGAUAUGUCUCCAUGUUCACAGGCACAUGCAAUGCAAAAAUGACACAUGGCUGUAGCGUGCAGUUCAAACCUCCUUCGAUUCUUUACCAAUCCUAAAGAAAUAAGAGAAAGCGUGAGCAGGAAAGUGAAAGCAAUAAGAGCAAGUCAGAAAGCAGGAAAUGUCAAGUCCUGAAGCUGACCAUUGAAUAUAGUCAAGGGAAGGAAAAUGUACAGAAAAGUGAAAAUCAAUAAAAUAUAAAUCAAAAUGAGAAUGAGAGCGAGAAAUGUAUGAUACUGUGGAACAACUUUGGAUUUGAAAGUAGAAUUAGUCCUGAGGGAUCACAUUGGCGUGUUUGAAGUUUUGUGCGAGUUGAUUUUCAGAGUGUGCACUGUAAUAUUAAAUGCCAUUGGGCGGAUCGUUUUUUUUAUACAAGCUGUAAUUUUGACGUAAAUUGUUGUACAGUGUAUAUAACUUCAGUUGUUCAUAUGCAGAUUUUGUAGAUAUUAAACUGCAAUCUUGGCAGGGUUUCUGCAUCCUGUGAGCGCAUUUUGACGCAGAUGAAAAGGACAAAUUAACUCACAAAAUCACAAAUUUGCAGACAUUUUUAGCAUAUAAAUGCACACACGCUUUUUGCUUGUGUAUGUUUUGUUUUGUUUUUUUAUUUGCUGCUCAGUUUUAGUCUCUGUAGAUGUUGCUCUUUACUUUCAAAAUAUCAAUUUAAUUUUUUUUUUUUUAUAUAUUGUAAUUGUAUUUCUGUUUACAAUGUUUAUAUGAAAGAAAAGGGAUUUAUAAUACUCCUGCCUGCUCUAUGAAGGGCGUCUUAUGUUUUCUUAAUUGGUUGUCAUUUGUUUGUUUGUUUCAGUUUGUUUUAAUUUAACCUUUGAUUCAUAUUGUUCUGUUGACUGUGUAAAACAGUAUUAAAACAUGCCUGUUAUAAGUGUAAAAAAAAAAAAUCUUCAGUGCUGGAUUUUUGUUUGUUUAGUUUUUGUUUGAUGUUUUUUUUUUUUUUUUUUUUUUUUAAAUCAAUGCUAAAAUAAAAAAAAGGAAUAUUGAUCAAACAGAAUUUCUGCUAUGAAGUUUUAUGUGUGUUUGUGUAAUUAAUACUUAGCUGUCUGUUUAUUUCCUGGUAAGUUUGUUUGUGUUUUAAUUAAUCUUUUUUUAAAAUAACAUGAAAUCAAAAUUGACUUGUGCAAUUUAUCAGUACAUAUUAUUCUAAAGAAAAAGCUGUGUUUUCAUCAACAUGUAGUGACUUUCUCGACCUCUUGAUACAACAUUUUUGCUGAUGUAAUCAAGGCUGUGCGGGCAGUGAGAUAUAAUAUUAAGUAAUAAUAUCGUAGCUUAACGUGUUUCCACUUUUCAUGAUCUAAUCAAAUCCUGAUGGGUAAAAUCAAGGCCCGUCCUAUACAUUUAAAUGCAUUGCAAAAACCGUCUAUAAGGAUACAUUUAAGACUGCUGUGCUUGACAUGAAUGUUGUGAUUGUUUUAAAAAUUUGACCAGAACACACCCUAAGAAAUCCCAUUUUGAGGAUUUUUACUUAUCUUGCCGGUGAAAUAACUUCAGAUGUUUGCAUUUGGGGUGUGUGAGUUUAGGAUCAAUAGUAACUCAUCAGACUUGAAGAGUCUUUCCACAGUACGAUAAAUUGGGUUUUUAAUCAGGUCUGUGUAUGUACGCAUGGGUCUGUCCAUGUGUGUGUUGUUAGUGUGUAAUAAGACCUCUCUCUUUGAAAGCUUCUUUGGCACAUUUUCUUCUCCACAGCGGUGGCAUUUCGAGAGCACACGAUGGUUCAGUUAUCCUCAAUCAUUUUAUUGUCUUUAACUUUAAGGGCCUAUUCAGCUGAACUAAAAUAUACAGUAUGCCCUCUAGGAGACCAAAUGAAUUGGUCCUAUUUUAUCUCAAGCUCACCUCUUGAUUGGGUUCUAAUGAGAAAACCAUCAGAUUAUAGCUGGUGAGCUGUGGACGUCUUCAUGGUUACUAGUUUGUUGGUGAUUGAGACUAGCUGAGUUUCUGUUGUGUAUAUUCACAUUCAGCUGCAAAUAGAACAGAGUGUGUUCAUUGUGUAGUAAAGCAUGAGAGGCUGUGCGUUACAGUGAUUUUACUAUGGUAAAGGACUGUUUUUAGACACAAUGUGAAGCAGACCAGUGUUUCAAAGAAUACAAUGUUUAAAAUUUAAUGAAAGAAAUUUCUUAUAUUUACAAUAAAAACC